AUGACCGUUGGCCCAGGUAGCGGAGGCAGCCUCCAGCUGAUUCCGGCCACGGCAGCGCAGACUACCGUGCAGAUGGGCAGCCCCAUCGCAGGCAUUAGGACGGCGACACCGAACCGAGCGACGAUGUCUCCGGUGCUGAUGACCCGGACCCUGUCUACGACGGCUGUGCGCAAUCCUUCAGCACUCAAGGCACCAGCUCCCAGCCCGGAGAUCUCCAAUCGUGCCCUGGCCAUGCACGCCCCAGCGCCUGCAGCCGUGUUGCGAGGCUGCCGCUCUGCCGGGGAACUUCCACGGGGUGCCCACACUGCCUGGGCCGCCCCCGCUGCUGCGCAGAGCGGCAGCUGA